GCAUGGAUUUGUUGAAAACAAACCUUUCCUUUUACCUUUCCUUUYAAGGAAAACGAAAUCUCAAGCUGCCAAGAUUGUUUCGUUUAAUUUUCUCAGAAAGACGUUCUUUGAAUUCAAGUCAUAUUGGCUGUUUAAACAACAAAUUCGUGGACAUUAAUGCCCGAGUAAAACAGGCAAAUCAUUUGGGAGUAAGAAAGCGUAGAAAUAAUUUUUCAUACUCAGUACGGCCAGUUAUCAAAGAAUGUACUUCUCCACUUCUAUCAUGCAAGGACAGAUGUACGAAUGAACGAGAUCCAGGAGGAACACAAAAACUACGCUGUUCAUGUGACCCGUAUUGUGAUUAUUUCAAGGAUUGUUGUGCAGACUAUGUCCAAUACUGUCUUCUACAGCGAUCAAGCAACACCACUAAAACAGACAUGAAAGUACCAGAAGAACAAUGGACAUGCAGGUCUGGUAUCUGGAUGAUUGCUUCAUGUCCACAAAGCUGGACCAACCAAGAUAUCAACCAGUCAUGUAUCAAUAAGAGAUCCGCUAUGACUGCUGAUAAUUACAAAGAUGUUCUUCCAGUAGUUACAGCCGACAACAAAACCUAUGCAAACCGAUUCUGUGCUCAGUGCCAUGGACAAAUCAUGCAAACUAUCGUGGAACUCUAUAAAUUAGAGUUUCAAUGUUUGGUGGCUCCAUCAAGUCAAGCAAUAAAAGAGAACACAAUGAAAUUUCUUUUUGAUUUUUGUAGGAAUCCUUCGCCCAAAAUUAAAGAAGAAUUACCCAAACGAUAUUGUUUUGAGUCUGAGUCAAAGUGUACUAAUCUCUCAUUGCCAAACGAGAUCAAAACCAAAUGUUCAGAUGGACGUUACGGUCUUGUUUAUAUGCCAGUUACCAAAAUCAUGUAUAAAAAUGCUUAUUGUGGGUGGUGUAAUAACGUACUCACGAUGGAAUGUGGCCCAACGAGUUUACCAUUUGUGGCAAAGGAUGAAGUACAUUUUGCGCCAGGUUCUGCACGACCAUUUUCUGUCGUUAUGGAUAUUGGAGGGAAAUCAUCAAAGGCAGGCGAAGGGUCAGGAAUGACAUCUUGCCCACGAGGAAACGUUUAUGACGUUUAUCUUGAAAUCUGUCGCCUAGGCGAAACCAUGGUUCCAUUGCAGUCGAGGUCGGAAAUAUAUAAAGUGGCGUUGUGGAUGAAAAUUGUUAGAAAUUAUAAACCCUUUCAUUUUCUAAUUGAUACUUUUAAAUUUCGAAAAUAUUUUGCAUCAGCUUUAUGUCUAAACUCUACAAGAUUAACAUCAAUUAGGCUCGACUUAAUUGAUAUGAAUGAGUACCUGUACAAAGCUGAGUUUAAGAUGGACAUCACAAAUUAUAGCAAAAAAAGGCAGUUCAAUCAAGAUAACAAUAUAACUUUGUUGUUCAAAUCCUUUAAACCUUUCGAGCUGCAAAUUGGUGACGACACUUACAUUGUCAUGAAAGUUACUACCAAACCCCUAACAUGUGUCCAGACAGACACCUAUUUAUCUUAUGAAUAUCAUGUCAUUCCAGGUACCGAGGUAUCUGUUUACAUAAACAAAACGGGCGAAGUGUUGCGCGUGAGGGAUUAUUUUACAUCCAAUCUGACAAUAAUCAAGGGAAAACAAGUACCAGUGGGACAGAUCGUUGUAUGUAGACACAUGCCAUCAGCCAAUUGUUCUGGCAUGUACAUCUUUCUACAGAAACACGAGUAUACCAUUUUCCUUAAUCGAUCAGUGUUACACAAGGCUUCAGGUCAUUUGUAUGAACAUGGUACCUAUACGUGGAGAAAUGGAACAAUCAUGGUCUGUACGAACUUUACAGCAACUUAUAAACGAGAAUCACAGUCAAGAACUGCCAAUGACCACAAGGCGUUGACAAUCCUGACUUAUAUUGGGUUUAUGUUCCAUGUCUAA